UUAGGUAACCAACCCCCAGAAGCUGUACCGGUACUCUACUGUGCUCUGGGACUCACAGUUUUAGCUCAUUAUCCAACAUUAAAAAGAAGUAACAUAAAUUUAUAGCGAUGGAAGACAAAUUCUGUUUCGCCAUAGAUCGUGGAGGUACAUUCACUGAUGUGUAUGCUCGUUGUCCUGGAGGAUCAGUGAGAGUCUUGAAGUUACUAUCCGUCGACCCCAACAACUAUGAGGAUGCUCCCACUGAGGGCAUACGACGGGUUAUACAAGAGGAGACUGGAAAAAGUAUUCCUCGAACCUCACUCUUAGAAACAAACAAUAUUGGGUGGAUACGUAUGGGCACGACUGUUGCCACAAAUGCACUUUUGGAACGAAAGGGGGAGAGGAUGGCCUUAGCAAUAACUGAGGGCUUCAAAGAUCUUCUCCAUAUUGGUAACCAAGCCCGCCCUAAUAUUUUUGAUUUGGAAAUAGUGUGCCCUGACGUCUUGUACGAGGAAGUGAUAGAAGUGCAAGAGCGGGUGAUUCCUCGUCAAGAUACAAGUACAAGUGAAGCAAUUAAUAACCAGUGGAGUGUGAGUAAGACAUCCACUGCGGAGGAGGUGCUGGUAACCAAACAGCUGAAUGAGGAAAAGCUGCGGAAAAAUUUAAAAAAUAUCCUGGAGAAGGGCAUAAAAUCACUGGCAGUGGUGUUAAUACAUUCUUACAUGUACAAGGCCCAUGAAGAAAGAGUAGGAGCCAUUGCUGAAGAGAUGGGAUUUAGUCAUGUGUCACUUUCUUCUCUGGUGAUUCCCAUGGUUAAGGUAGUUCCUCGUGGCUUCACUGCGUGCUGUGAUGCUUACCUUACGCCUCACAUCCGAUCGUAUCUCAAGGGAUUUUCUGCAGGUUUCAAGAAUCAGUUGAAAGGAGUCAAUGUCCUCUUCAUGCAAAGUGACGGAGGAUUAACACAAAUGGACAGAUUCAUUGGGUCUCGAGCUAUCCUAUCUGGCCCAGCCGGGGGUGUUGUUGGCUAUGCUAUGACCAGUUAUCAGCAGUUUGACAGCAAACCGGUAAUAGGAUUUGAUAUGGGAGGGACAUCAACAGAUGUAUCCCGUUAUGCUGGUGAAUAUGAGCAUGUGUUUGAGAGCACAACAGCAGGAAUAACAAUUCAGGCUCCACAGUUAGACGUGAACACUGUGGCCGCUGGUGGAGGAUCGCGGUUAUUCUUCCGCUCGGGGAUGUUUGUUGUUGGACCAGAGUCUGCUGGAGCACAUCCUGGUCCUGUUUGUUACAAAAAGGGAGGCCCACUAGCAGUGACUGAUGCCAAUCUGGUAUUGGGUCGCCUUUUACCACAGUACUUUCCAAAGAUAUUUGGUCCUAAAGAAAAUGAGCCCCUUGAUAAAGAAAGUACUCUGAAAGCUUUUAAAAGAAUAACUGAUGAGGUGAAUUCCUCAAAAUCAGAUCCAAGCAAACACCUCAGGUAUGAAGAGGUAGCAAUGGGCUUCAUUCGUGUGGCCAAUGAAGCGAUGUGUCGGCCAAUCAGAGCCCUCACUCAGGCAAAGGGUCAUGACACGUCCCAUCACGUGUUGGCUGUAUUUGGUGGAGCUGGAGGUCAACAUGCCUGUGCUGUGGCACGAGCACUAGGGAUGCAGUCUGUUGUAAUUCACAAGUAUGCCGGUAUUCUGUCUGCAUUUGGGAUGGCUCUUGCAGAUGUUGUACAUGAAGCACAAGAACCAUGUUCAAAAUCUUACGUACCAGCAAACUUUUCAUAUCUAGAUGAGCAUCUGGAAGCCUUGGAGAAAGAAUGUGUUGACUACCUGCAAGGUCAGGGAUUUUCCUCCUCAAACAUUGUUUGUGAAGCAUACCUGAACCUUCGUUACCAGGGUACAGAUUGUGCACUCAUGUGUACUGUUAAUAAAGAUGGUCUGAGCACCAAAAGUGAUGCUUGCAAAUAUGGUGACUUCAAGCAAGCUUUUUUGGAAAGGUACCAGAGAGAAUUUGGUUUUGUUAUUGCUGACCGAAAAAUAUUCGUAGAUGACAUUAGAGUUCGAGGAAUUGGAAAGUUGAUGAUAGACACAGGUGAGGUAGUACCUCAGGCAGAAGAAGAACCCAAGAUAGAAACUGUGACGAGCAUUUACUUCAAGGAAGGUUGGUUAGAGACUCGGGUGUACAUGUUGUCCUCUUUGUUAUCAGGACAUACUAUACCUGGGCCUGCCAUCAUCAUGGAUAAAUUGUCCACUAUACUGAUUGAGCCAGGCUGUGUAGGCCAUAUCACAUCUCAAGGAGAUGUACAAAUUCAAGUUGGAAGUACAAAAAGAGAUAAAAUUGGAACAGAACUUGAUGCAAUUCAACUGUCAAUUUUCUCACAUCGAUUCAUGAGUCUGGCAGAACAGAUGGGAAGAAUUUUGCAACGAACCUCCAUAUCCACUAAUAUCAAGGAGCGCCUCGACUUCUCGUGUGCCUUGUUUGGUCCUGAUGGAGGAUUGGUAUCAAAUGCUCCCCAUAUUCCAGUUCAUUUAGGAGCCAUGCAAGAAACUGUGCUUUACCAGCUGCAGCUGUUGGGAGAUAAACUGAAGGAUGGUGAUGUGUUGCUGUCCAAUCAUCCCACGGCAGGUGGUUCACACUUGCCUGACCUCACUGUUAUCACUCCAGUGUUUUACAAAAGUGUGCAUCGUCCAGUUUUCUAUGUAGCUAGUCGUGGCCACCACGCAGAUAUUGGUGGCAUCACCCCAGGCUCUAUGCCACCACAUUCUACCUCCAUCCAUGAGGAAGGAGCAGUCUUCUUAUCAUUCAAACUUGUUGAUCAAGGCAUCUUUCAGGAAAAGAAAUUGAUUGAGGCUCUCAUGGAUCCUGGGAAGAUUCCUGGAUCAUCUGGAACUCGUAAUCUUAAGGAUAACUUGUCAGAUCUUCGAGCUCAAGUUGCUGCUAACCACAGGGGAAUCCUGCUAGUGAAUGAACUGAUAGACUACUACUCUCUAGAUGUAGUUCAAGCAUACAUGGGCCAUAUUCAGUCAAAUGCUGAAGUGGCUGUUAAAGAGCUACUGAAAGAAGUUGGAUGUCGUAUCUUUAAAAAAACAGGAGUCGCUGCAUUGCAUGCCAUUGAUUACAUGGAUGAUGGGUCCCCAAUUGAGCUGACAGUAAACAUCAACAUUAAAAAAGAAACUGCUGUGUUUGACUUUGGAGGAACAGGACCAGAAAUUUGGGGUAAUUGCAAUGCACCUCGAGCCAUUACUGUGUCAGCUGUCAUUUAUUGCCUGCGUUCCAUGGUUGGUCAUGACAUACCCCUCAAUCAGGGUUGUCUGAAGCCAAUAUCUAUCAAGAUACCUCCAGGAUGUUUGUUGGAUCCUUCACCAGAUGCAGCAGUUGUAGGUGGUAAUGUGCAAACAUCACAGAGGGUAGUUGAUGUCAUCCUUCGUGCCUUUGGUGUUUGUGCUGCAUCCCAGGGCUGCAUGAACAACGUGACCUUUGGUGAUGAAAGUAUUGGAUAUUAUGAGACUGUUGCAGGAGGAGCAGGAGCGGGUCCAACUUGGCAUGGCCGUAGUGGUGUUCACGUUCAUAUGACCAAUACCCGAAUUACAGAUCCAGAAAUACUGGAGACCCGUUACCCUGUCAUCCUCAAUAAAUUCACACUAAAUCCAGGAACAGGUGGCAAUGGUAUAUUUAGAGGUGGUGAUGGUGUGGCGCGAGAGUUACUGUUUCGCCGUCCCUUAACUCUCUCCAUCCUCACUGAAAGACGAGUCUUUACUCCUUAUGGUCUUGAAGGUGGCGAAGAUGGACAAAGGGGUAACAACCUCUUGGUUCGUAAAUGUGGCCGUGUAAUUCGUUUAGCCUCAAAAGCAUCAGUGAACGUCGAGAAAGGAGAUAUGUUCCGGUUAUUAACUCCUGGAGGUGGAGGUUUUGGAACACCCGACAAUUCCAAUGCAGACUCCAAGUGUUCUAAACCACCCAAAAAGAGGCAACGACACAUCGAACGAGGAAGUGUUUAUGAAUACACGAGGGCACAAGAGAGUGUGUAAUAAGAUACUGUACAUGAUGGAGAACCUGAGUAGUAGUACAGGAGUAGUCUGUAAUUUUUGUUAUGCUUUUUAUUCAAUUUUUAACUGACAAAGACAUUUUAAGGAAUAAUACACUACUUUGUUAAGUACUGUAUGUUAUAUUUGGUAUGAAUAUCCUACACAUAAACCUGUAUAGGGGGUCUUCACUAUAUGUUGGAGAUGUGUUCCAGAGAAACUCAACUUGUAGUGAACUCUUUAUAAUAAGGAUUUUUUUUCCAUAAGAAUGAAUGUACUGUAAUUAGGGGUAUAUGCAUUCCAACAUGUACAGUAAUACCCCUUGAAAGCUCAAGAUGUGUUCCUGGAGAGAGUACACCCAGCAAAUCAGCUUACUAUGGUGACAUUACAACAUACUGUACAGUAUAUUAUUUGAUUUGGAAAUAUGUUCAUAAUAACGAUAUUUAUUUCCUUUGAGUGAUAUUGAUGGUUUGAUUUGGCUACUUGUACACUUAGACAACUGACCAGUGAAUAAACUAGGGCAUGUGGAAAUGCAUUAUACACUACAACAAUACUGUAUUUAUUAAGUGCUCAUAAAUAUGCUACAAUAUUACUUAGUAAGUGCUAAAGACAGAUCCUGUGUUAAGCACCAACUCUCUUGAGCAGUGACAACAAUGGUGCUUGAGAGAUGGGGUAGUGUGGGUAACAUUGUUAGGGAGAGCAGAAACUAUCAGCUGUUACUGCUCUGUAAACAAGAGGCCGGGAGUAUAAUACAACACAAUAACUUGUCUACAGUAGGGUGGAGUGUGCGAGUUUUUUUUUUGGGGGAGAGCCAGUUAUGAUAAUGUCUUAUAAAUCCAGCACCAAAGUAACCUAAAUAACAUGAGAAUUACAGUAUGGUGAAACUGCAUACUGUUCUUAUAAGGGAUUGUGAUCUGAAGAGCAUGGGCGGUGAAUUGUCCUCUUAGUACAGCCAGCACUCCCUCCUCCGCCACUUCCUCUACCCUACUACUCACCCAGACGUAUUUUUGUACAAUAAUUUUUUUUUUUUUUCACUCCAUUUCUUGACAUGCAAACCCUCCAUUGUAUAAGAAGUGAAUAAGGUUUUCCAAACUUUAAUUUUUUGGUGUUGGAACACUCGUGUAAUUUAAAUGUCUGCAGUGAGGUACAGUAAACAGUCGUUCGUCGAGUCGUGGUGUGCUGUCAAACCGCCUACUGUCAGAUGGACCGCUGCUCUGUUAAUUUUUCUUUUAUAUUUUUAUAUUACUGUACAGAAUAUAGUAUUUUCAUUAUUCAUAAGGGACACUAGCACAUUGAGAUGACAUUUCUGCAAAUUCUGUGGUAACUUGCUUAUAACAAUGGCAUUGUGCGCAGUCAUGUGAGAGGUGACUGAUGUAUUUUGGCGUGGUAGAAACUUAACACUUGUAGGGCACUUUUAUUACUUAUUAUAGUCAUUUUAAAAUAAUAUUAGAUGUUUUUAACACUUUAUGCGUCAUAUUCAGAUACAUCGAGACUUAGUAUAAAACAGUGGAUGAUGCAGACGAUGUACAGUAUAUGAAAAUUUCUUCCUAUUGUUAGCAACUUAUAUUUGAAAUGUCAGGAUGUCAUCUGGCUCAAAAUAUCUCGACCAUCUAUAACUAUUUUUCUUUGUUUCCUAUACUGUUCUCCCAACUCUACCAACUAUUUAGAACUCUUUGAGUAUCUCACUUCUUGCCAUGAGUAGUUGCUAUCCAUACACCCCAACACCGAGAUCCUCUACCUGGGGGAUUUCAAUUUACAAUCAACGACAAAAGUUGUGUCGCGGUUUUGUUCAAAGCUUAAAUAUAACCCGUGAAACAUUAUGAGAGCCCCCAAGCACAAGGCAGAGCGCACCAAAAGUUUAGUCCUUCAGCAUAUGUUUUCACCAAAUUUCACGACACUACUUUUGUCUUUCAUUGUACUGUACAUUACAGAGUGGGGCUUGGCACUGCAAGGGAUGACCCAGGUGGAACUGUAGGCACUCUCUUUUUCCUUACUUAAUGAUCUGGAACAAAUAAUUAAACAUCCUACACGCGUUCUGAUCUACAAGAUCAACUUACUAACAUUCUUGACCUUUGUUUUUAUCUCUAACCCCUCACUAUUCAUACUCAAUUUCUGCCCCCUUAGGGUCUUCUGGUCACAUUCUUAUUUCUAUUAAAUCAAACUGGGCACGAACCCCUCCCCCCCCCUCUAAAUGCCAACUAUGGCA